AUGAAGAGACAGAAAGAGAGAACAACGAGGAAGAAGACGAAACACAGGGAACUAGAAUUGUGUUCAACUAUCGAAAAUCUUGAACCUACGGAUAAACGAACUCUUGACUAUCAUUGGAAGUUACAACACGGUGUUGGAGAUAUAGCGAAUAUUGAAGCUAUAACAUCGGUGUUGGUGGUACGAGGUCGAGGAGGUUGCAACACUGGUGUUAGAAAUGGGAUUUUUAGGAGAUUACAUUCUGCUGACAGAAGUAAGGUUUUGAUAGCUCGAAACGUGAAGACCUCCAAUUUAUGUGGACAUAUUAUGUUGAGGUGA